AUGCCGUCCCUCGAAGAAGUGUUCAAAGAGUUUCGCAGGAACAGAUCCAGCCUACAACAGAUCCACGAAGACACUUUAAAAUGUUUUCAAAGUAUAGAGAAGAGUCUAGCAGACAAGAAACACGAAGAACUGGUCCAAGAAAUGACAACAACAUUGGCGUCUCAACAGCAGGUUGACGGAAGCGAUAUAAAUCUCGAGAAUAUUCAGCUCGUUACGGGAGGGGAAUCCAUCGCUACUAACCUGUCGGAGAGUCUUUAUACCGAGGCUGAACGCAGCAAAGUUUCUAAGUUCCUUACGCAAACGCCAGCUCUCAUAGUCACCGGUCAAACCAACUGCGGUAAGAGCUCAAUCAUCAAUGAGUUCUUAGGUGCUAGGGUUGUUCCAACAAAGGCUCAACCGUGUACCGCUCGUAUCGUUCGUAUGACUUACUCAGAGACUCCCUACGUCCGUUUGGUGAAACGCGAUGGAACCGAGCUUGAAAGGAGAGAAUUAAAAAGCAAUAAGAUUCCUCGGGAAUUCAUAGAGCUCAACAUUGACGACCGAGAUGAUGAAAAACGCGUGAAUGCUACGGUGGAAGCAGGACUGUGCGUUGAUUUCCUGAAAGCUGGGAUCGACGUGAUUGAUUCUCCUGGAACCAGCGAAAACGAUGUCUUGGAUGAGCUCGUUCGCAAUCAGAUGAAAAGCAUUUUGCCGUUCGUCAUUUACGUCGUUGAUGGGCAUAAUUUGCUGUCUUCUUCGGACAUUAAGAGACUCAAUAGCCUUAGGGACGAGAACCCGGACAUGGAGGUGUUUUUCGUGGUCAGUAAAAUAGAGCCAGCAAAAACGGAUUCAUCAGAUGAAGAAAGUGACGAUGACGAUAACGACGAAUCCGUCAAACAAGCGGAGCCUGUCCAGGAAAGCAAAAAACGCAAGGUUUACGACAAGCUGGUCAAGAAAGGUUUUAUAAUCCCUUGCGAAGGGGGGAGGGAUGCACAUCCUAAUUUCCACGGUCUAUCCGCAUGGAGGAUAGGAGAAUUCAACAAGAGGAUGAAAAUGAAUCCUGCUUGGGACGACUCCGAAGGUUUGUUUAAGGAGUACAUGGAUGCCUUUCACCGCCUGCACACGUGUCUUCACGACUUCACCAAGUCAAGUCUGACUGCGUGUGUGGAGAACACUUGCAAUACCUUAACUUCUGUGUUAUCAAGGUGCCUUAGCUUUUUCAUUAAAAAAGCGAAUUUCUUGAAACAAGGAAAGAAGGAAACCAUGGUGAUGAUCAAUCGGAUUCGCCAAGAGGAGCUAACAGUGCAUGAGAACAUUCUGCGUCAAAUUGAAAAGCAACGCCUUGACAUUACAGAGGUUGUCUCAGACGGGAUAUUGGAGAUCAAGUCCAAUGUUCUGGAAGAAGCUAGAACCUUUCAAUACAGUGAGCUGGACUUUGUUAUCCCAGCCAACGGGUGGGUGCACGGCGCUAAGGCGGUGACGGAAUGCCGUGAUCAGAUCUGGGAGAUGGUCUUCAACAAGGUUAGACAGCGAAUCAGCUCAACACUCAUGGCGAUGUUCAGUCAUAGAGAUGAGUUUUUAGUUGAGCUCGAAAAUCGAAUAAAGAAGAUCGAACAAGAGGCGUUUCCCGAUGGUAGACGGUCUACUGCUGGCGUCACAAUUCACUUGAUGCUUGUCAAUUGCUACGAGGUAUCUCGCAGCAAUUUUCGUUUUUGGGCCACCAAGACCAUUAUCACCCGACUGGUGGAUUUUCUGAAAAGGCUUUUCAAAUUUCCACUCGACGUCAUACGCGGUAAAGUUAAAGUCGGGGACAUGGAGUGGAAAGAAAGGCAAGCAUCAGUUGCAAUUGAAGCGAUAGACGUGGCUAAAUUGGUGGAGCAUUUGAUGCAGAAACUGCUUGAACGCUUCGAUGAGUGCCACAGUAUAUUCAACGACGAGCUUGACAAGGUGAUGGCUGUGUUCAAGCAAGGACAGACUCUCAAGGACAGUCAGCGCCAAGCAAUCCUGAAGUUUGCCCCAGACGUUUCAAGCCUAGAGAUGCUCUGCUAUUGUCUUAGCGACAGAAUCAAGUUUGGCAAACCAGAGAAAGGGGAACUUAUCGGGACUGGAGCCCAGGGGAAUGUAUACGAGUGUACAAACAUAACAACGCGUGAAGGGAAGCCAUGUGUUGUCAAGGAGGUGUCAGUCCCUAAUGAAAACACCCUGAAGGAUUUGACCCUGGAGCUGCAUACUACAAGGAAUAUUUGCCACCCAAAUAUCCUUCCCCUAGUGUGUACCGUCAUCCAGCCUGGCCUGUGUAAUAGCAUCAAGGUACUGAUUGUGAGCGAAAGGAUGGCUUCUGACCUUCACCGAGCUCUACCCAGGUUGACGUCCUUGCGCAAGCGUCUUGAGAUUCUACUGGACGUCGCUCGAGCUUUGAAAUAUUUGCACAGUCUUGACCUCAUUCAUCGGGAUGUCAAGCUGCAGAACGUGCUGGUGGAUGAGAAAUCCCAAGGAAGCCUGACCGAUUUCGGCCUGUGCAAGGCGGAGGGAGUGAUGGAGAACUCACUUGUUGGUACACCAACAUCUAUGGCCCCGGAAAUGGUGAAACAGAACUAUAACAAAUCUGUUGACGUCUAUGCCUUUGGUAUUUUAAUGUGGCGCGUGUGCGAAGGACAAGGAAACCAACCCAGGAACAUUGCGCUCCAUCCCAUUCCUAUAAUUAUGUUAGUGAGAAAUGCGCUGGAAGACCGAAAGCCGGAGAGACUGGACCGCUUUAUGGGUCCUUGCUGGAAUUUGAUGGAGCGUUGCUGGGCAACAGUCCCUGAUCAAAGGCCAAAUUUCCAGGAAAUCGAAAGUGAUUUGCAAGAAAUUCUGUUAGAUAAGACUAUUCAGUGAACUAUUGUUCAUAGGAGAUAAUAUCGCUGGAAUGUACAGACCUAUUUCAAAUAAAGUUACACUCGGAAAAUCUAUGUAUCGUAACCCGCAGUGGUUCGUGGGUAUCAAAUACAUGAUAAAACAAGCGUAAAUAAAGUCAAACACAGGUUAAGAAAGCUUUAGCAUUCUUGUUUGUGUACCUCUAAGAGUUCACACGGCGUUCCGAGACCAGGAUUCAGCCAUUUAUGUUACCCAUGAACCACUUUGGGUUACGAUACAUUAUGAUACGAUACAUCCCCAUUAAAUCUUUCAAGAUAGUCCUUUUCCACAUCCAGAUGGCGGUGUUUGCUGCACAUAUUGACGUUGGUAGAGAUAUCUUUGCCGAAAAUUUUUUUUUCUUAAAUAAGGUAUUGUGAGAUAUUUCAGGAAUCCCAUAUAUUCAUACAAACUUUAGCGUUGCUGGAUACCCUUGACAGGGGCGGUAGGAACAAUGUUUGUUAAGAAACAUUGUGAUAAUAAACCACGAAUUUCCCUCGGUUAAAUGCGCCUCGAUUUUCAAACGGUUAAUGUUGAAUCUCAACUAGUAUUUUUGACUUUAUCCACAACAAAAAACUCAUACAACAAAAAGCAGAAACAAUAACAAUAGUGUAUCAUCAGUGAUCAUGUUUAUUUCUGUUUCUCAUUAAUAUUUACAUUAUUUACAAUUUCAAAAAUUUCAAUAAAAAUCAUUAUAAUUUAUAUUAAUCACAUAGUUUUUAGUACGAUAAUAAACAUCAGUUUAUGCAUUCCUUAUCAAAAUCUAUACCUUUAUACCUUCACUCCAUUUUCAGAGAAAAAAAUAUAAUCUUCUGUAUCGAUCAUCGAUUUCUUUAUUACUUUACACAAAACUAACCUACAUAAACUUACACAAAAAAGGCUGUAAACAUGCAAGAGAUCAACUCUUGGAGUUGUUAUUGCCACGUGACAUCAAUAGGUGACUUGCACUAAGAGAUCACGUGACUGUUUUGGUGGCAAACUAACCCGCGCUCAGGCUUUUAGCAGCAAAAUAACAGCAACAAAAAGCGAUUUAUUUAGCGCUCACGAAUCAGCGAGAACGUUUCUUUGUCAUAAAGCGUUUAUUAUCUUAUAAAGAUUAUAUUUUUUUUGUCGUUCUCUGUUGUGACGGCCGCAGUCAUUUCUUUGUUUGUUUGUUUGAUUAUUUUGUUUUGAGUUUGCCACUCAGAAAGGUCACGUGAUCUCUUAGUCCCCUAUUGAGUGUUUUGAAAGGCUACGUUACAAUUCGAGAUUCCCUGUGAAAGAGGGCUGCCGCUACCUGAUUAAGUGAUGCUGUGUGAUAAUUAUUUUUUAUAGUAUGCACAAUAAAUUAAUUUAAUUCA